GACCCCGUGCACAACCUGCUACUCUAUAUAACCAGGAGACCAUCGCGCUGGAGUUUCAGAUGCGCUGUGAGCGCCAGCAGCGACAGACCUCUGGGAGGUGGAAUCGCGGCUGCGGGUCUAAGGGGCCCGGAAUUGUUUAAAGUAGAUAAAGUUCUCGCUUCCAGCGACUACCGGAACCAUGCACGGGCCGCCGGCCGGAGACAGCGCCUGUCCGCUCCGUACCAUCAAGCGGGUACAGUUCGGUGUGAUAGGCCCGGACGAGCUGAAACGGAUGUCGGUCACGGAGGGCGGAAUAAAGUAUUCGGAGACCACAGAAGGUGGUCGUCCCAAGUUGGGUGGCCUGAUGGACCCUCGGCAGGGUGUGAUUGAGCGCACUGGACGCUGUCAGACGUGUGCAGGUAACAUGACGGAGUGCCCGGGCCACUUUGGUCACAUUGAAUUGGCUAAGCCAGUCUUCCAUGUGGGAUUUCUGGUGAAGACCAUGAAGGUUCUUCGCUGUGUCUGCUUCUUCUGCUCCAAGUUACUGGUGGACGCGAACAACCCAAAAAUCAAAGACAUUCUGAUAAAAUCUAAAGGGCAGCCUAAGAAGCGCCUGACCCACGUCUAUGAACUGUGUAAGGGGAAGAACAUCUGUGAAGGGGGCGAGGAGAUGGACAACAAGUUUGGGAUGGAUCAGAAUGAAGGGGAUGAGGACAUUCAGAAGGAGAAGGGUCAUGGUGGAUGUGGUCGGUACCAGCCUAGAAUCAGACGUUCUGGACUUGAGCUCUAUGCAGAGUGGAAGCACGUGAAUGAGGACUCUCAGGAAAAGAAGAUUCUGCUGAGUCCUGAGCGGGUUCAUGAGAUAUUCAAGCGCAUCACAGAUGAGGAGUGCUUCAUCCUUGGGAUGGAGCCGCGAUAUGCUCGCCCCGAAUGGUUAAUUGUCACGGUUCUGCCGGUUCCUCCUCUGUGUGUGCGGCCUGCAGUUGUUAUGCAGGGGUCGGCAAGGAACCAGGAUGAUCUGACCCACAAACUGGCCGAUAUUGUCAAAAUCAACAACCAGCUGAGGCGGAAUGAGCAGAACGGCGCGGCCGCCCAUGUCAUUGCGGAGGAUGUCAAGCUUCUACAAUUCCAUGUUGCUACCAUGAUAGACAACGAGCUGCCUGGACUUCCUAGGGCCAUGCAGAAGUCCGGACGCCCCCUUAAGUCUCUUAAGCAGCGAUUGAAAGGGAAGGAAGGAAGAGUCCGAGGAAACUUGAUGGGGAAACGUGUAGAUUUCUCUGCUCGGACAGUUAUCACUCCAGAUCCAAACCUUUCCAUUGACCAAGUUGGAGUCCCAAGGUCGAUUGCUGCAAAUAUGACCUUUCCGGAGAUAGUUACUCCGUUCAACAUUGAUCGGCUGCAGGAGCUUGUGAGACGGGGAAACAGUCAGUAUCCUGGGGCCAAAUACAUAAUUCGAGAUAAUGGAGAUCGCAUUGACUUAAGAUUCCACCCGAAGCCCAGUGACUUGCAUUUACAGAUUGGCUAUAAGGUGGAGAGACACAUGUGUGAUGGAGACAUAGUCAUCUUUAACAGACAGCCCACGCUGCACAAAAUGUCCAUGAUGGGGCACAGAGUUCGCAUUCUGCCGUGGUCCACCUUCCGACUGAACCUCAGUGUCACCACUCCCUACAACGCUGACUUUGAUGGGGACGAGAUGAAUUUGCAUCUUCCACAGUCUCUGGAGACGCGGGCUGAGAUUCAGGAGCUCGCUAUGGUCCCUCGUAUGAUUGUCACACCGCAGUCCAACAGGCCGGUUAUGGGCAUUGUGCAGGACACGCUGACUGCGGUGCGGAAAUUCACAAAAAGAGAUGUUUUCUUGGAGAGGGGAGAAGUUAUGAAUUUGCUGAUGUUUCUCUCCACAUGGGACGGGAAGGUCCCCCAACCGGCCAUCCUGAAGCCUCGUCCUCUCUGGACAGGAAAGCAGAUUUUCUCUUUGAUCGUUCCUGGGCACAUUAAUUGUAUCCGAACUCACAGCACCCAUCCGGAUGACGAAGACAGUGGGCCCUACAAACACAUCUCCCCGGGGGACACCAAGGUCAUUGUAGAGAAUGGAGAGUUGAUUAUGGGAAUCUUGUGCAAGAAGUCGCUGGGCACGUCGGCAGGAUCGUUGGUGCACAUUUCAUACCUGGAGAUGGGUCAUGAUAUCACUCGUCUCUUCUACUCCAAUAUCCAGACCGUCAUCAAUAACUGGCUCCUUAUAGAGGGUCACACUAUUGGAAUUGGAGACUCUAUUGCUGAUGCAAAGACUUACCAGGAUAUUCAGAACACCAUCAAAAAAGCCAAGCAAGAUGUAAUCGAGGUCAUUGAAAAGGCUCAUAACAACGAGCUGGAGCCCACCCCUGGAAACACCUUGCGUCAGACAUUCGAGAACCAAGUGAACAGAAUCCUCAAUGAUGCCAGAGAUAAAACCGGCUCCUCUGCCCAGAAGUCUUUGUCAGAGUAUAACAACUUCAAGUCUAUGGUGGUGUCGGGAGCCAAGGGGUCCAAGAUCAACAUCUCCCAGGUUAUUGCUGUUGUCGGGCAGCAGAACGUUGAAGGUAAACGCAUCCCCUUUGGUUUCAAACAUCGAACGCUCCCCCACUUCAUCAAGGAUGACUAUGGCCCCGAGAGCAGAGGCUUUGUGGAGAACUCUUACCUUGCCGGCCUCACUCCCACAGAGUUCUUUUUUCACGCUAUGGGAGGGCGAGAGGGUCUGAUUGAUACGGCUGUGAAAACUGCUGAGACUGGUUACAUCCAGAGACGUUUGAUUAAGUCUAUGGAGUCUGUGAUGGUGAAGUAUGAUGCCACAGUACGUAAUUCCAUAAAUCAGGUGGUACAGCUGAGGUAUGGCGAGGACGGCUUGGCUGGAGAAGGGGUAGAGUUCCAGAAUCUGGCCACUUUGAAACCAUCGAACAAAGCCUUUGAGAAAAAGUUUAAGUUUGACUACGCCAACGAGCGAGCUCUGAGAAGAACUCUACAGGAGGAUGUUGUGAAGGAUAUCCUCUCCAAUGCGCACAUUCAGAAUGAGCUGGAGAAGGAGUUUGAGAAGAUGAAGGAAGACCGAGAGGUUCUGAGAGUCAUUUUCCCCACCGGUGACAGUAAGGUGGUUCUGCCGUGUAACCUCCUCCGGAUGAUCUGGAAUGCACAGAAGAUAUUCCACAUUAACACCCGCAUGCCCUCAGAUCUGCAUCCCAUUAAAGUGGUUGACGGUGCCAAGGAGCUCAGUAAAAAGCUGGUGAUUGUCAACGGAGACGAUCCUUUGAGUCGCCAAGCGCAGGAGAAUGCCACCCUCUUGUUCAACAUCCACCUGCGCUCAACCCUGUGCAGCCGGAGGAUGGUGGAGGAAUUCAGGCUCAGUUCUGAGGCGUUUGACUGGCUGCUAGGAGAAAUCGAGUCCAAAUUCAACCAGGCUAUUGCUCACCCGGGAGAGAUGGUUGGAGCACUGGCCGCUCAGUCUCUUGGAGAGCCAGCCACGCAGAUGACCUUGAACACUUUCCACUAUGCUGGUGUCUCAGCUAAGAAUGUCACUCUGGGAGUCCCUCGUCUAAAGGAGUUGAUCAACAUUUCCAAGAAACCAAAGACUCCUUCACUGACUGUCUUCUUGCUGGGACAGUCUGCUCGAGAUGCUGAAAGGGCAAAGGAUAUUUUGUGCCGCUUGGAACACACAACACUGCGGAAAGUUACAGCCAACACGGCGAUUUACUAUGACCCCAACCCCCAGAAUACUGUGGUGGCAGAAGACCAGGAGUGGGUGAACGUCUACUACGAGAUGCCAGACUUUGAUGUCACCAGAAUUUCCCCAUGGCUGCUUCGUGUAGAACUUGACCGUAAACACAUGACUGAUAGGAAACUGACCAUGGAGCAGAUAGCAGAGAAGAUCAACGCUGGCUUUGGAGAUGAUCUGAACUGCAUAUUUAAUGACGAUAAUGCUGAGAAGCUGGUUCUGAGAAUACGCAUCAUGAACAGUGAGGAGAACAAAAUGCAAGAGGAAGAAGAGGUGGUUGACAAAAUGGACGAUGAUGUUUUCCUACGUUGUAUUGAGUCCAAUAUGCUAACAGACAUGACCCUGCAAGGGAUUGAGCAGAUCAGCAAGGUCUACAUGCACUUACCUCAGACAGAUAACAAAAAGAAGAUCAUUAUAACAGAGGAUGGCGAGUUCAAGGCUCUUCAGGAAUGGAUCCUUGAGACAGAUGGAGUCAGCCUGAUGCGAGUUUUGAGUGAAAAAGAUGUCGACCCUGUGAGGACUACAUCCAAUGACAUUGUAGAAAUCUUCACUGUUCUGGGGAUAGAAGCCGUCCGGAAAGCCCUGGAGAGAGAACUGUAUCACGUCAUCUCCUUUGACGGUUCUUAUGUCAACUAUCGCCACUUGGCCCUUCUGUGUGACACAAUGACCUGUAGGGGCCACUUGAUGGCGAUCACCCGUCACGGUGUUAACCGGCAGGACACUGGACCACUCAUGAAAUGUUCCUUUGAAGAAACGGUGGAUGUCCUCAUGGAGGCCGCAGCGCACGGUGAGACGGAUCCCAUGAAGGGAGUGUCUGAGAACAUCAUGCUGGGCCAGUUGGCUCCUGCUGGCACUGGCUGCUUUGAUCUCUUAUUGGAUGCAGAGAAAUGUAAAUUUGGAAUGGAAAUUCCUACAAAUAUCCCAGGACUUGGAGCUGCGGGACCAACUGGAAUGUUUUUUGGAACUGCCCCGAGCCCUAUGGGUGGAAUGUCUCCUGCUAUGACUCCAUGGAACCAAGGUGCUACCCCAGCCUACGGAGCCUGGUCCCCAAGUCUAGGAAGCGGCAUGACCCCUGGAGCUGCUGGCUUUUCUCCCAGUGCAUCCUCUGAUGCUAGUGGGUUCAGUCCAGGCUAUUCUCCUGCUUGGUCUCCUACACCAGGUUCUCCUGGCUCUCCUGGUCCCUCAAGUCCAUACAUUCCUUCUCCAGGUGGUGCCAUGUCUCCAAGUUAUUCCCCCACCUCUCCAGCUUAUGAACCAAGGAGUCCUGGAGGCUAUACGCCACAAAGUCCAAGCUACUCUCCGACUUCACCUUCUUACAGUCCAACAUCCCCUUCAUAUUCUCCCACAAGUCCUAAUUAUAGUCCCACCUCCCCAAGCUACUCUCCCACCUCCCCAAGCUACUCCCCAACAAGUCCAAGUUACUCACCAACCUCUCCCAGUUAUAGCCCAACCAGUCCCAGUUACUCUCCCACGUCUCCAAGCUACUCUCCCACAUCCCCAAGCUACUCUCCCACAUCCCCAAGCUACUCUCCUACAAGUCCCAGCUACAGUCCAACCUCUCCAAGUUACUCUCCCACUUCUCCCAGUUAUUCUCCCACAAGUCCCAGUUACUCACCCACAUCUCCCAGCUAUUCCCCUACUUCACCCUCAUACAGCCCAACGUCACCAUCUUAUUCACCUACAUCCCCAUCCUACAGCCCGACAUCUCCCUCCUAUUCACCUACUUCUCCCAACUAUUCCCCGACCUCUCCUAACUAUACCCCAACCUCACCCAGUUACAGUCCCACUUCUCCCAGCUAUAGUCCUACUUCUCCAAAUUAUAGCCCUACAAGCCCGAGUUAUUCACCCACAUCCCCCAGUUACUCUCCUUCAAGUCCGCGUUACACACCGCAGUCUCCAAGCUAUACUCCCAGCUCUCCCAGCUACAGCCCCAGUUCUCCUAGCUACUCUCCAACAAGCCCCAAAUAUACACCAACCAGCCCGUCAUACAGUCCAAGCUCUCCAGAGUACACGCCUACGUCGCCCAAGUACUCUCCUACCUCCCCCAAGUACUCGCCUACUUCGCCUAAGUACACGCCAACUUCCCCUACUUAUUCUCCAACAACCCCUAAAUACUCCCCUACAUCCCCUACCUAUUCGCCUACUUCUCCAGUGUAUACUCCUACUUCCCCCAAGUACUCUCCUACAUCGCCUACAUAUUCACCAACCUCUCCCAAGUAUUCUCCAACUUCUCCAACCUACUCGCCAACAAGCCCCAAAGGUUCCACGUAUUCUCCAACAUCACCGGGAUAUAGCCCCACAUCUCCGACUUACAGUCUGACGAGUCCGGCUAUCAGUCCAGAUGACAGCGAUGAAGAGAACUGAGCAGUCUUGUGACCUCCAUCGCUGAGCGCUCAGCGUGCGUAGUCUCACCAGCAGAAAAUCGUUAGUUGUAAGUGCGUUGCGCUAUACUUCACUGGCUUAUGUUGGGUGCGGCUCGGGGCAUGGAUUGUGGUCCGAGGCGUCCUUGUACUUCAGUAGGUUUGCUUCAGUGUAACUAAGGAUAAGUUUGAGACCUCCACCGCUUCUGUCUCAUCGCCUGCACAUAAUUUAUAGAUGAUUGACAUGAAACGUAUCCGAUUUUGUAAUUUUAAUUUGCUUUAGCUCUGAUUCUGCGCAGAUUUUUGGCAGUCAGACUUUUGCAGAGUUUUUUUGAAAUUGUUAAUAGAUGUCUGACAUAAAGUGAUGUUCUGUACUUCUAAAUAAAAAACAUUUGUUAUA